AUGGCUAGACCACCUCCCCGUCCUAUCAAGCGGCUCCUUGUCUGCAAUCGCGGCGAGAUCGCAACCCGCAUCAUCACCGCCGCGAGGGAGCUCUCCAUUCCCACAUACGCCGUCUACACCAGCAAUGACGCUUCUCACGUGCGCCACGCCACGCGGGCAAUUGAACUGCCCAGCACCUCCUCUUACAUGGACAUUCCGUACCUGAUCACCCUCAUCAAACAACACGACAUCGAUGCCGUCCAUCCGGGCUACGGCUUCCUCUCCGAAUCUGCCGAAUUUGCACGACGGGCGUGGGAAGAGGCGGGUGCGGCAGUCGUGGGGCCAGGAUGGGGCAUCCUCGAGCAGACUGGGGACAAGUUGAGGGCGAGGAAGCUGGCUGAGGAAUGCUCCAUCCCCGUCACGCCCGCCCUUUCCCACCCCACCUCCUCCAUCCCCACCCUCCGCGCCUUCGCCACGUCGACCGGCUACCCGAUCAUGAUCAAAGCCGUCGACGGCGGCGGCGGGCGCGGCAUCCGGCUGGUGCGGAGCGAAGCCGAGUUAGACGCGCAGGCGGCGCGGGCGAUCGAGGAGUCGCCGUCGCGGCAGGUCUACGCCGAGAAGGCCAUGGUGGACGGCUUCAGGCACGUCGAGGUGCAGAUAGUCGGGGAUGGUGAGGGGGGAGUGCGGCACCUGUGGGAGAGGGAGUGCAGCGUGCAGCGGCGGUGGCAGAAGGUCGUCGAGGAGGCGCCGAGCACGAUUGCGGAUAGGGAGGUGGUGGGGAGGGUGAUUGCGGCGGCGGUGGGGAUGGCUGAGAGGCUCUCCUACUUCUCCCUCGGCACCUUCGAAUUCCUCCUCCACCCGCACACGCACGCCUUCUACUUCCUCGAAAUCAACCCGCGCCUCCAAGUCGAGCACACCGUCACCGAAUCCAUCCUGCCGGGACUCGACCUCGUGCAAACCCAGCUCCUCCUCCAGCAAGGCCUCGCUUGCCCCCUCUCCACCUGCCCCGGCAUCCCUCCAACCGCAGCUCCACCCCCCCUCCUCCACUCCAUCCAACUCCGCCUCACAGCCGAAAACCCCUCCCGCUCCUUCGCCCUCAGCACCGGCACAAUCACCUCCCUCCACCUCCCCGAAGGCGGCCCAGGCAUCCGCGUCGACACCCACCGUCCUUCCGCUGUCGGCACCGCUUUCGACAGCCUGCUCGCCAAGAUCGUCGUCACGGCGGGGUCACGCGCGGCAUGCAUACGCAAGGCUGCGCGCGCGCUGGCUGACGUCGAGGUUAAAGGUGUAGCGACGAAUCUAGGCUUGCUGCGGGCGGUGGUGGCGAGCGACGAGUUUGCGCGGGGGGAGUGCGAUACGCGGUGGUUGGAGGGGGAGGGGAGGGUAGAGGGGUUGGUGGGGGCGGGAGGGCGGAUUGCGGAGGGAAUUGAGAUGGAGAGGAAGGGGGAGGGGAGUGGGUUUGCGGUGUGGGAGGAGGCGGCAGGUGGUGGUGGUGGUGGUGGUGGUGGGGGGAAGGCGGCGGCCGGGUUGGGCGGUGGUGGGAGCGGUUCGACCGUGUUGUUUAGGAAGGGCGACGCGUGGAAUGUCACGCUUGAGCCGCGAUCGGAUGAGACAGGGAAGGGGAAGAAGCCGUCGUCUUCUUCUUCUGCUGCUGCGCCUACGCAUCAUCUCGAGCUCACGCGCGUCCUGCGGAACGAUUUUCCGUCGUCAUUGUCCGCGGAGGUCGUUUUCUCGAGCAAUGCCACGGCUGCCGGGCCCAACGCUUCGCAGUCAUCGUCAUCUACGCCGCGUGGUAGGCCGGAUGAUCCAUCGCAUGUUUGCAUUCCGUUUGCCGGAAAGGUUGUGGAGGUGCUGGUCGAUGAGGGGGAUAUUGUGAAGGAAGGAGAUGUGAUUUGCGUGGUGCAGCAGAUGAAAAUGGAGCUGGAGGUGAGGAGCGCGAGGGCGGGGAGGGUGACGUGGGUUUUCGAGGGGGAAGAAGGAGACGAAAUCUCAGAAGGGACUCUGGCUUGCGUCCUGGAAUUGGAGGGCAAAGAGAAGGCGCGGUUGUAA